UCUUAUGAUGCUGACGUUGUUGCCGGACGCGGUGCUGCAAACAGGUUGUUGCAUCUGUCGGUGUGCGGAGUGUUCGCGGUGUAGCUAGUGCCUACCUGGUUUGUAAGCGUCCUCCUGGAGUCAGAUAAGAUAAGAUAAGAUCACCUUUAUUAGUCCCACACGUGGGAAAUUUGUUUUGUCACAGCAGGAAGUGGACAGUGCAAAAGUUAUGACGCAAAAAUUAGAAUACAAUAAGAAUAAAUACAGUACACAGCUGUACAGAAUACGAGGAGCUGGAACAGAGCUUCUUCAGCAUAAGCACAGUGCUUUCCUGGUCGUGUACCUUUUUAAUUUCAUAUUAACUGGUGAUGUUAGUUUAAGUGUUGCAUGUUUCAGGUGACACAUCCGGAAGUUUGCCUUUUUCCAACAGCUGUCUCCUCUGUCUGCCUGCAUCAUGCGGUUUGACAUAUGAGACAGGGCUCGCUGAAAACAACAGCUAGUCUGUAGUUAAUAUUGACACGUAUAUGAAUUUCCAUUCUGUUCUGACAGAAACACAAAUUAUUCUCAGCAAAAAAAAAAUGUUAAUUAGAUGUUUUAUUCCGCUAAAGCAUAAUAAUGUGGUUCGGUGAGAUAAAUCUGAAGCCAACAUUUACCCCUGACACCAGCUGAGUGAAGGAACCUCGAGCUUACCUGCAUCCGGGUCACUCUUUCAGCUGUUAAUUUAAAAUAUGCGCACAAGUUCACUGGUGAUUGUCACAAUUUAAAUGGUCAGCAGCCUGCUCCAUAAACAUGAAACUAUGGCGUUAUUUUGUGAGCCCCUCACAAACAAAUAAAGAAAUGUGCCAUAUGUUUCAUAAGCACAGAGGGAGGGCGUGCUGGACAUCAGUCCGCAUAGAAACGGACCAAAACUUUAAGAACCGGGUUUGUUUGAUUUGUUUCCUGUAGGCUGUAAGUAAGUGUUGUUUAUUUCAGCAUGAAACACGCGCCGUAGUAAGUUCAGGGACUGAUCCGUGUGGUAACUCGAGCUUCAGUGCCUACAAGUGUCUCAAAGUUUGAUGUGACUAAAGACUGAAAAUGUCACAGUCACCAGUUCAUACAAGCCUGAGUGCAUGUCCAUGUCAACAUGACUACAGGUAACAUUACAAAACGGUGUUUUCUUCAAAAAUAAAUAUGUUUAAUGAAGCCUGCUGAUUGGACUCGUACAGAGUAUUAUAGUUCCCAGAUUGAUUAUGACGCCACUGACAGCAUACACUCACCACGCAUGACCAGAGUUUCUCAUUUGAUUUGAGGAUAAAAAUGUCAAAUGUUUGUUGUUGUUUUUUUUUAAAUUGAAAUGUAAGAUGGUAAAAACAGUAACAGUGGGCUUAGUAACUCAGCUAUGGCUGUCAGAGUAGACUGAUGUCGGGUCAGAUUGUGCUUACACUGGGAAACAAAAGCAGAGUUUUGUUAUUUUAUUUUCCCAUAAACCUUAAAAGGCAUCAGUGGCAGACUCUGCUAUAAAAUCAGUGAGCGUGUUACAGCCCAUCAGCGUAGUGUUUAGUGAACAGUAACCUUCCCUUUGUCAUCUCUGGACUCUUAGUGCAUGUUUUCACCUGUGUAACACCUCGAUCAGAAUCUGUUUUGUUUACAUGAAGCAACAGUAGGAUCGUGUUCCCGGACAAGAACACUAGCACGCCUCCUUAAUCCUUCAUAUGCUUAAUCACCUCUCACACCAACUCUCUUCCACUCGAAAAAUUCACAAGAAUGAAGCUAACGAAGUAGCUUAGGAUGGUCCAAUUGAUUAGCUGACUGAAUGAUUAAUUGAUCAAUGCCUUGAAACAUCUAGAAAUAUUUGCUGAUCUCUGUGUCUUUGUUGCAGGGGCUCUGCUAUUGCCAGGAUUAUCGGAGAUAAUGCCAGGACAUUGCAGCAUAUUGCUACCACUGUGAAGAUGUGGGUGUUUGAAGAAAAUAUUAAUGGCAGGAAGCUUAGCGACAUCAUCAACACUGAGCAUGAAAACGGUGGCUGUACCAAAGCUCUCUGAUGCCGCUAUGGGAGCUGACCUGCUGGUGUUUGUCGUCCCUCAUCAGUUCAUUAGGAAACUCUGUGAUGAAAUGGUGGGCUGUGUCUCUGCCAGAGCUCGAGGAAUCACGCUCAUAAAGGGUAUAUAUGAGGGUCCAGAGGGCCUGAGGCUGAUCUCUGACGUCAUCCGUGAGAAGAUGGAGAUUGAUGUCAGUGUCCUGAUGGGAGCAAACAUCGCCAACGAAGUAGCAGCUGAGAAGUUCUGUGAAACCACCAUCGGCAGCAGGAAUGUGGAGGAUGGUCUACUGUUCAAAGAGUUACUGACGACUCCAAACUUCAGGAUCACAGUAGUGGAGGAUGCUGACACAGUGGAGCUGUGUGGAGCUUUGAAGAACAUCGUUGCAGUGAGUGCAGGUUUUUGUGAUGGCUUGCAGUGUGGAGACAACACCAAGGCAGCUGUGAUCCGUCUGGGCUUGAUGGAGAUGAUAACCUUCGCCCAACUCUUUUCUAAGAAUGGCGUGGUUUCCACAUCGACCUUUCUGGAGAGCUGUGGUGUGGCCGACCUCAUCGCUACGUGCUAUGGUGGCCGCAAUCGACGAGCAGCAGAGGCCUUUGUUAGAACAGGGAAGAGCAUUGAAGUGCUGGAGAAGGAGAUUUUCAAUGGUCAGAAGCUCCAGGGCCCUGCCACCUCAGCUGAGGUUUACCGCAUCCUCCAACAGAAGUGCCUGGUGAAUAGGUUCCCUUUGUUCACAGCAGUUUAUCAGAUUUGUUUUGAGAAGAGGCCAGUCCAAGAAAUGAUUUCCUGCCUGCAAAGCCACCCAGAGGACAUGUGAUCGCCUGGUGCGUCUCAGGAAGCUGUUAUUUUUCCAUUGAUCAUUUUCAUUCUAAGGUGAAGUUUGCAUUAGGUUCUUAUUCUGUCAAAAACAAUCCCCAACAGCUUUAAAUAGAACACCCAUAAAAUAAAAAGUCCUUUAUCAUUUCAAUUUGUACAAACUGUCAGAAAAAGUUCUUCCAGGCUUCCAACAGUGUAGGAUGAAAAAUAAAUCCCCGUGUUAAAACACAACAACGACUGACUCUCCCACUCAGUGUGUAUCCAUGCCAGCCCUUGAACCACUGUCACAUAUGAAAACGAGGUAUAAUCUGAGCUUCAAAACCAUGGAGCAAAUCACCCAAUAACAUCUAUGUAAGUGAAAUUGUGUUUUAGCGUGGGCCUUUUGUGGCAGCUAUAUUUGUUUUGUUACCUACACGACCAACUUCACAUUUUUCUCGGCAGGUUGAUUACCAAGCUGCCCACGGUGCUCCUUAGACUUAAAACACAACAGCACACACAAGAUCAGCUCUGGGUAGAGCAUGUGUUUGUGUGUGAGCCUUGUGAUGGGUAUAGGCUGGGAAACAGAUGAAUGGAUAAUGAGCUUGUGUGUCCCGAGCUGUGAUACUUCAGUGUGCUGAUGUUGCAACCUUCUCAGAAUUCUGCUGUUAAUUUGUUGGAAUAAAUGCCACUCAGACUGAUUUCUCCAUGUUUUAUCUAAAAGUUUUCAUUGUUAAUCUUGAAUCGUGUCAUGAGAUGGAUAAUAGGUUACAGGUUACAGUCUUUUAAAGGCUGCAUUCUGUGUUUUUGAUUUAUUUUUGAAAGAUUGUCAUUAACAUUUGUCUCAGUUUGUGACCAAAUAUUUCUGCAACCUUUGCAUUGCAGUAUGUUUCUGUUUCUAUCAGUGAUUUAUCAGAUGUGUCACAUAUCAAUAAGCAGUUGUGUGCUCAUUAACAUUGCUACCUUGUCUGUCAGUGGCCACCAGCAUGGUCACUUUGACACACAGCAGAGGGCGAUGCGCUUCAGUCACGGAGAAAAUGUCUGCAUUUUAAUGUCUUUCCAGCUUCACUUUGCUUGUGUUCGUUCAGGUAAACGUAAUGAAUGGAAGUGAAACAAAUAAUUAAUUUUGCUUGAUCACAUGUAGCACUAGCAAACCUUUGCCUCUUAAAUUGAUUUUGCAUUAACAGACUAAACUUGAAUGCCUUUGACAAAACCAGCACUGGCUGUCAGGUAAACUGUCCACGACACCUUUAGAGUUGCAGCAGGAAGCUGCCUUAGUAACAUUAGUUACAUUUUUGUUGCUAUUCUGAAAUAAAAUAUUAGAAACUACA